AUGGAGGAGUUUAAAGAAAAAGUGGAGGGCUUGUACGCAUAUGAUAAUACUACAACGGAGGAAAUUGCAGCAGCGUUGAAAGAUCUCUCUAAUGCUCUUAAAGCAGAAGAAAUACAACAAAGCCUAAUCAAAUGGCUCAAUUUAGACCCAUUAGCUUGUACCGUCAGCUACAAGAUAAUCCCUAAGGUCUUAUGCCAGAGAUUAAAGAAACUGCUACCAAGCUUGAUAUCGGAAAUCCAGUCAGCUUUUGUUGCCGGAAGACAGAUUUCAGACAACAUUCUGAUUGCUCAAGAAAUAUUUCAUGCUCUGAGAACUAAACCAAAUGGACGCAGUAAAAGGAUGACCAUUAAGACGGACAUGAGCAAAGCAUAUGACAUGAUGGAAUGGUCGUUUAUUAAAGCUAUCAUGCGAAAGAUGGGUUUUUCAGAAACAUGGAUCACCUGGUUAAUGCAAUGCAUUACGUCGGUGAAAUAUAAGGUACUCAUGAAUGGACAACCAAGAGGAAAUAUUGUUCCUGGUAGAGGCCUACGCCAAGGAGAUCCUUUGUCUCCUUUCAUGUUUAUUCUAUGCACGGAAGCACUCGCUAGCCUUCUCAAUCAUGCAGAGAACCAAUGGAAGAUAACGGGGAUGGGCGUCACACGCGCGUGUCCGUCGCGGGUUAAUGCAACUACUAGAAAAGAGAUUAAAGAUGCACUUGGAAUACAAAAUAAAGGAGGAAUAAGAACUUACUUAGGUAUCCCGGAAGACAUAAGUGGUUUCAAGUGCAAACUUUUUGCAUUUCUCAAGGAUAAGUUGAUGCAUAGAGUGAAUGGAUGGACAGAUCGAUGGCUCUCAAAAGGAGGAAAAGAAGUGUUGAUUAAAUCCAUUAUGCUAUCCCUUCCAACUUACGUUAUGUCUACUUUCUUGCUCCCAUUGGAGAUAUGUGAAACCCUAGCAAGUGUCAUUACUCAAUUCUUGUGGAGUUCAAAUCCACCAAAAGGAGGAAUACACUGGGCGAAAUGGGAAAAAAGGCUAGUUCAAUUUUCUGACUUUUUGGUUGCCCGGGUCCUGAGGGGAAGAUACUACAGAUUGAGUUCACCUUUAAGAGUAAACUCUGCUAGCAACUCAUCCUAUGUGUGGACUAGCAUUUCCGCUGCAAGGAAGUUACUAUUAUUGAGCAUCAGACCGAAGAUACAUUCAGGUUAUGAAGUCAAAGUGUGGGAGGAUCCGUGGAUUCCAACGACCCCUGCGAGAUCAGCUAUGCCUGUAGCGCAAAACUAUGUCAAUCUUGAUGACAUACCACUCAUAAGGGGUUUGGCCAUAAGCUCAACUCAUUGUCGUGAUACAUUCUCCUCGAACUACACAAGGAAUGGUCAAUACACAGUUAAAUCUGGAUAUUGGGUGGCUCAGAAUUUAUUAAAGACAGAGGAAGAGAAGGAAGUCUUGGAGCCGAGUAUCACUAAGCUUCAAGCCUUUGCUUGGAAGUUAAAGGCGCCGAAGAAGAUAUGUCAUCUUAUAUGGCAAUUGUUAACCGGUCAUGUGGCAGUAACGAGGAACUUAGUAAGACGCAAUAUGAGGUGUGAUAAUUACUGCCCAAGAUGUGGAGAACUAGAAGAAUAUGUAACCUAUGACAUAUUCGAAUGUCCGCCAUCUCUACAAGUUUGGUCUUUAUCAUCGACUCCAACAAGCCCAUAUAUAUUUCCACUACCAAGCGUCUACACAAAUAUGAAUUACCUGUUUUGGAGGAAAAACAGUAUUAUCGAGCCAGAAAAAGACAUGGAUCCUUAUCUCUGGAUAAUCUGGUAUAUCUGGAAGGCUAGGAAUGACAAACUUUUCAGGGGGAUAGACAGAGAUCUUUUGGAGCUAGUUCGACAUGCAGAGAGUGAAUGCCAAGCCUGGUUUGAUGCGAACGAGGUGGUACAGCCAGUGGGCAAGCUAACAAUACUGAAGAACCCCAAGUCAUAA